CAGGGAUCUGCGAGAUAUGGUCAAGACUCAAGACCUUCCAGCUCGGGAAGGCCAGCACAGAAAGUUCCACGGCCGUGGCAGACUAGUUAUUUCUGUGAAUCAGUGUCAGUCGUGAGCCGUUAAAGUCUUUGUAAUACCCCGCUCACCAUCAUGUCCGUCAAACCGAUCACAUCUCAUAGCCAGUUCAUUUCCAUCGUGAUGGAAGAGGGAAAGACUGUCAUCGUAGAUUUCGUAUCCGAAAGGUGUCCUCAUUGCAAAGCAAUCGCCCCCACCUUUGAUGAGCUCGCAAACAAGUUCUCGUCGGACAAGAUCGAAUUUUACGUUAUUGACGCCGAAAAAGUCGACGAUGUCAGCUUCGAAGUUGGUGGCAUAACGAGCUAUCCUACAUUCAUCGCAUUUAAGGACGGUAAUAAGAUGGAGGAAUCCACGUUUGGUGCUGCUCGCGAGAGGCUGCAGAAAUUCGUGGAGAAAUACUGUUCAUCUUGAAGCUACAUUUUUUUUCGCAGAACAAGGACAGUUCUGACUGUUCGGGAAACGACUUUCAUUGAUUGGUCGGACACGUUGAUGACUUUACUUACCUUACCUCCAUGUCUACGAUUCUACGACCUCUAUGGAGUUUGUAGAUUGUACCUGU